AUGGUCGUCCCUCUUUGUGCUGUCCCUCCAUCUCGCGAAGGGUUUUACGCAAUCAACAACCAGUUUCUGGCGACUGGGCCAAAAUGGUUCACGGAGUUCAAGAUGUUGGAGAACGAGGACAUGUUCGUGAGGAUUGAUCUUCCCGGCGUUCGAGCAGACUGCGUGAAGGUUUCCCGUUUUGCGUCGAAGAAAGGUGUGUCCGUCUUCGCCGAAGCACCAAAAGGGCACAAAUACGACUCAUCUGACCGGAAGUACCUCACCUUCACCGGGCUUGUCUGCAGAUGCUGCGAAAUCUCUGGCUUCACCUCCAAAAUGUGCGACGGCGUGCUCAGGCUUCUCCUCACCAAGCGAAAAACCACUCCAAACCCUUCCCCCAUCUCGUUUCUUGGUGGUCCAGAUUUCCGAGAUGAUCUUCGUAGCGAUGGUCCUCACAAGUUUCCCCAUGGCUCGGAUCCCUAUGACCCGGCGUUAACGGGUCGGGUAUUGAAGAAACACCCAUUCGUGUUAGAAGGAUCUUCGAUGGCUUAUGAGUCGAAGGAGCUCCAAAACGGCAGCCUGUACGUGCGUGUAGAUAUGCCAGGGGUUCCCAAAGACAAGUUCACCGUCUCCCUUAAGAACGGGAAAGUGACGGUGACUGGUCAAGCCCCUGCCGUUGGUUACGACACAGGUGGUCGGUUCUACUCUGGUGACGUGGCAAUGUUCGACAAUCCUAUCAGCAUUCCUAGCCGUCGGAUCAAAACCAUCACCAAGGAUGGUGUGAUUCGUUUGAUCAUCCCUCCCGUUUGA